UAUCGCUUUUCUUAUCCGCUCAGUUGAACCGUACACGGCAAACGCCAAGCCACGAAACAAACACUUCACCAGGAAGCCUUGGCUAGCGUUGUUUAUAACCACCAUUAGGGUUGACUUAUAAUGAUAGCUUCUAGCUAAUUUUUACGUUUAAAUGUUAACGAUAUUAAAAGCCAUACCUUGAGACGUCGGUAUUAGAGCUGUUCCAGGUGAGUCGCGAUAUGUCCGAGUCCGGUCACAGUCAACCCGGCAUGUAUGGGCAAGGGCGCAGGAGGAGGCGACGCCGAGGGGACAGAGAUGUUGGCCCUCCGGGGCAAAAUCUGUCCGGACCCAGUCGAGAUCGGGAUUACCAACCGAGAGAGCGAAGGGAUGGAAGCGAGGAUCCACCAGGUCCUCUAAUUCAGAAGACCCCCAUCAUUCUUGCAAAACCUCCCGGAGAAAGGGCUAAGCCCUCACAGAAUACACCUGCCAGUGGAACACCAGUCCUUGAGAAGCCCAUCAUGCUAAUGAAGGCCAGGGACGAUGGAGUGAAGCCAGGGACACCUACUGAGUCGGCUGCACAGUCCUCUGGUCCACCCUCUAAGAUAGAGAGGGAAGGGCAGCGACCUACUCAGCCUGUAUACCAGAUCCAAAACAGAGGAAUGAGUGCUUCUGCAUCGAGCAGUGCAUUGGACCCCAUGGUUGGGCAGUCCAAACUCCUUCCUCCGGAGAAAAUGAAGCACAGCAUUAAACUGGUGGAUGAUCAGAUGAAUUGGUGUGACAGUGCCAUGGAGUAUUUGAGGGACCAGACAGACAUGUUGGUGGUGGGAGUUAUUGGCUUGCAGGGAACUGGGAAAUCCACCAUCAUGUCGCUGUUAUCUGCCAACACUCCUGAGGAAGAUCAAAGGAGUUUUGUAUUCAGACCCCAGACUCAAGAAAUCAAGGAAAGAGGCGGAAAUCAGAGCACAGGGAUUGAUUUCUUCAUCACACAGGAGAGGGUUAUCUUCUUGGAUACACAGCCAAUGCUUAGCCCAUCAAUUCUGGAUCAUCUUAUCAACAAUGAUCGGAAGUUACCUCCAGAAUACAAUCUUCCUCAUACAUAUGUUGAGAUGCAGUCUCUUCAGAUCGCUGCCUUCCUGUUUACAGUGUGUCAUGUUGUAAUUGUGGUUCAAGACUGGUUCACUGAUUUGAACCUUUACAGGUUUCUUCAGACUGCUGAGAUGCUGAAACCUUCCACACCAUCUGCAAGCCACGACAGCACCGGCUCUUCAGGCAGUGAUGACGGAGCAGAGUAUUAUCCACAUAUAGUUUUUCUCCAGAACAAGGCCAGACGGGAUGAUUUCUGCCCAAGAAAUCUGAAGAACAUGCAUAUGGUGGUCGAUAAAUUAAUGGCUCAUUCUCACCUCAAAUACAAAGGAACAUUAUCCAUGCUCGACUGCAAUGUCUUCCCAGGCCUGGGGCAGGACUAUCUGACAGCCGAGGUCAAUAUGUUCUUGCUUCCUGUGCAGGAAAAUGACGGGGAGGAUAAUUUGACCAAAGCAGGGUCAGGAACAUACCCACUGUUCUCUCUGCUCCCCGGCUAUAGAGGACACCCGGCCUUUUCCACCAUGGUUUCAAAACUCCGCAGCCAAAUACUGGCCAUGCCCCGCUGUCAGCUGUCACACACUAUUCUCACUGAGAAAAACUGGUUUCACUAUGCAGCUCGUAUCUGGGAUGGUGUGAAAAAGUCCUCGGCCCUCUCUGAAUACAGUCGUCUGCUCUGCUGACACGUGUUGAACUGCUCUUAUGUACAGUUUUAUUUCACUGAUCAGAUCACACAAAGACGAAAGAAGUGCAGCUGAAUGGGAUGUUUAAAAAAAAAAACAUCACUGGGGCAUAAAAUAAAUAUAAUUAUUCAGACUUUGAGUCCUGCUUGUUCUAUAGUGUCCUGGGACUGUCCACAGGAAUUCUGAUAGUUACAGAUAAAGUUACAGCCUGUGCAGAGGUGAUGAGCGGGAAAAGAAAAUGUCUUCUCUCAGCAGAUCUCUAAUAAAAAUGUGAGAAUAGUUUUUAAAUUCAAGUCAUUCUUGACUGUGUUUCAGUUUUGAUGUACUGAUACUUAACCUGUUUUAUAAGGUGAAAAUACAAAUUUCUGUCUUGUUAUUACCUUUGUAAAAAGAGUAUGGUAAACAUGAAA